ACGAUCGUUUGACACAACAUUCAAGGGGGGUACCACCUCAACAUCUCUCCCGUUCUUCAUUUGUAUCGCGUUGCUACAGAAGUUUAGAGAGCUCAUCAAGAAUUUAUUCAAAAUGUCGAGCGACGUUUUGUUUAAGGUUCGCGAGAAAAUGCAAAAGAUAAAAGACAAAAUUGAAGAUGCUGAAAAUAGGGAACACGAAGCUAGAGGGGAACUCAAAGAGAUACUGGCAAAAGCGUAUCAGAAUGAAUCCGACAUAGACUCGAUGAAAAAUCGAAAAGAACUCCUUUCGAAAGAGCUGGAUGAGAAGUUAUCGCUACUGGAGGAGAGAAAAAUGAAAAGUGGCCAGUUAGAGGAAAAGUACGAGAAGGAGAAUGAAGUCGUCCGCGAUCUUGAGAACGUCGAGAUCGGCGAAGAUGAAAGAAUGCACGAAUUGGAGACGGAUUUGACUGAGACGUGCCAAAAGGCCGAGCAACUGGAGCUACAAAACACGGAACUGAGGCAAAAACUUGGCCAGUUAGAGAACGAGAUUCAAAAGGCAAACGAACGCGAGUGUGCUGCUAAAGAAAAGAUCCGUUCCCUGACUGACCGUGUCACCCAGGCUGGAGAAAAUUUGCGAGAUUUGGAGCUGAGAGAUGAAGACGCGAGCGAGCGUGAGCAGUUUAACGAGGAGAAAGUGAGCUUCCUGAAGGAACAACUGAAAGAAAUGUUGGCCGCAGCUGAGGACCACGAAAGGAAAAUUCCACCACUAGAGCGAGUCAUCGAUCAGAUGACAACAGAAAUACGCGAUUGGUGCGGGAAAUGCGAGGGAGUAAGAAAAGAGAUGUCAGAUAUGGAGAUGCUGGUUGGAGGAGACUUAAGCGACGAUGAGGAUGACGACAACGCGGGGAGGAAAGCAGCCGUGCCAACGAAGAAAGAGAGACGUGAGUGUCAGGAGCACCAUGAUGAGGAACCGGAAGAGGAUGACGAUGAAAGAGCUAGACGCGAAGAGAGAAAGCGGUACGAUGACGACGACGAGGACGAGGAGGAGGAAGACGAAGAAGACGACUGAUAUGAACACUAGUACUUAAUUUGAAAACUGGAAGUUGUAGGAAAUCUUAGCUGUGAGAAACGUAUUUGAUUUGUCGACUUUGUCAAUGCUUUGUAAUCCAGAGAGCAAAAGGUCUCGUUAUUACCUAAGGCGAGUAGCUAUCCAUAUUAAAUUUUCCCUAACCUAU